UCGCAGAAGAAGGUAACUUUCUUCUCGGUAGGUGCUGUUGGAAUCCUUGUCAACGCUAUUAUCCUUUGUAUAUUUUGCCUUUGGGUUAUUUCACUCCAAAAACCCGUUUCAUCCAGCUUGUUCAUGAUGCAACUCAGCAACGACGGACACUGCAAAAAGCACUCGCUGCUCAACGUCAUGAACCGCUUCAUGGCCGCUGCAAACAACAUGGACGAGACCAUCAUGGUGCCAAGCUUAUUGCGGGACGUGCCUCUGGUGGAACAGGAAAGCCAACCCCCUGUUAGUCACAACAACAACGAGCCCGCUUUCCCCAGCAAACAGAGGGACAUGUAUGAGCAUUACCUCCUGCUUAAGUCCAUCAAGAACGACAUGGAGUGGGGCUUGCUGAAGAGGGAGAUGGGUGGCAGUGCCAGCUUCCUGGAGAUUGCUGUGAAGCAGGAGGAGCCACAGCAGCAGGUGAAAGGAGAUGCUGAGGAUGGUUCAGACCUAGAGGGCCAAUUCCACUUCCACCUCCGUGGACUGUUUGCAGUUUUAUCCAAGCUCACGGUCCAGGCAGAUCACCUCACAAAUCGUUACAAGAGAGAAAUCGGUGGAGGUAGUCUGUUGAGAUAGGAGUGUUUUUUUCCUUAUGUAGUAUUGUGGACAAUUCUUGAACUGUUGGACCAGGUAUUGAUGGGGUGUAGAAGUGGACUGAAAGGGCUGUAGAUUCCUCUCUGCAAUCAAAAGGGUUUCUUGCCCAAGAGUCUUGGCAGUUACACCAACUCUUUGGUGCUUUCCAGACGUUAAAGUUAAAUGGCUAUGGGAGUAAUGAGUCUUAAAACUGACCGUUUCAGCAGAGCACACCUGUUCAGAAAGCCCUUAAUGUGUCAUUCAAAGCUGAAGAAUUGGAAUGCUGGUAAUUCUGUUCUUCUUAUUAGCCAGAAUUCUAUACGUUCUUAAUCUCCAGCCAAUGCCAUUUUUUUAAAGAGGGGGAUUUUGUGUUUAUGCUGCUCUCAUGCACUUGUCCAUGCAAAAUGGUGUGCCUUCUAUUUCCAAUUCCCACUUGUGCUGUUCAUGUAUGCUUGUGCAUUGUAUCAAAUUGAUGGGGGCCCAUGUGAGAUUGUAAUGCAACUUUCAAGUGUGUGUUUUUCUUUGUCCUAAAAGAUUUCAGAUUUUAUAUUGAGCUGUAAUAUAGUGACUUAUUAAAUAAAGCAUUAACUUAAAUUGU